AUGAGCAAGUUCAGGAUCAAACUCAAGCUACACCCUUCCGAGGAAGCCGGCAACAACCCACCACUGUCUGCUGCUUCCACCUCACAAGCAACCCAACCCCACGCAGCCGACGAAACUGGGGAGGCAACGUCGGACGCGGGCGGGGCAGACGUCAGCAUGGCAACAUCCAAUGCAGCAGAUUCGGAAGACGAGCUGGCCUCCGAGGAUGAAGAUGAUACAGGCUCCAAUGCACCAUCUUCGUCAGCAGCCGACGGCAUAGCAGGACAGCAUCUACAGCGCAGCCUCGGCAGCUCAUCUUCUAGGAUCGCUUCACCAUCACUCGUGGCUCCAGUCAAGGGCAAGCGCAAGCCCACCAUCAGAGACGAGGUGGGACACAUGACAGCAGAAGAGCUUGACGCUCUGCCACCGGCAAAGAGGAGGAAGGGAGCAAAGGCGAGAGGAGCGCCUGGCCCGGGAAGGGGAUGGAGGAAAGGUCUCAAGAUGGGCCAGAAGCCGAUAUAUGCGUUGCCGGACACCACACCGAUAGCAGAAGGCACACCCGCUACCUUAGCUUCCGACUUCCACCGAUCCUCCCCAGCGUCCGCUUUAUCCCCCUCUCCAAUGCGGUCGACCUCAGCGGUCAUCGCGCCAUCAGCAUCAGGUAGCAAGGUCACAAAGAUCGGUAGUACCUCGACUGCAGCCACAGCUCCUGUCGCAGCUCCUUCUGGCCAAGCACUUAUGCAAAGGCAACAGGCGAUCCCUGGCCGACCCUCCCAGGCCGUAGCUGCUGCAUUGGGUUUCGGACCACCGGUCAAGCAGCCACCGAGGCUUAUCAACACAGCGGGAACUACAUCGAAUGCGACUACCGCUGGUGUGGAAGGUCUCAUUUCAGAUCCGAAUCAAAAGCCGCGGCGAUGGUAUUACGAAGAGCGUCAGCUCGUCAACCUUGGGGGUAGAGUCGUCAAUGUCAAGACUUGGUGGGGAGGCAAGAAUGAGUCCUUCGAUCCCAUCUCUGAUAGGGAGAGGGAAGAAGCUGCGAGAGCUCAGGCAGCAUCAGACUAUGCGAAGGGGCGGUCGGGUCACGAUGCGGAUGACUCCAGGGGCGGUUCGCCUAUGACAUCCAAGACCUCAACACCCAGACCAAGCGCCAAUAGCGUUCUUCAAGCAGCUUCGGCCGCUCUCUCCGCCAGUAACAAUGCAUCUUCACUCCGAGGGGCACCCGAACAGGCCGCAAGGGGAGCAGCUACGGCGGCUAGUAGACCCAGCACCGGCAGCACUGGCUUCUUCUCGCCUUCUCUGACCCGCAAAGUCAGUAGCGGCUUCUCAACGGAUCAGCAAGGAAGCCCAACACCCGCCACUGCUUCGCCAUCAGCUAACGGCCAUCUUCCUAAGCCCAAGUUUCAGCCAGGGACGGGAUCCAUCGCUGACUGGAAAGCAUCCAGCGUUGGCAAGCCUGCUCCUAGCGGCCGGAAGUGA